AUGCCCUCUCGGAAUUCCACAGUGCCCAACUUGGAUCUCAAGGCCUUACAGACCGACACCAACAAUGGCAAACCCUCAUAUCCUCUCACGCCUGGUGGCCAGAGCUCCGACGGGCUCAGCCCCUUGACACCGAAGUCGCCAAAAUCCGGUUCGAGUUCGCCCUUCUUCAAAGGUGAGACCAUUCGUCCGGUCACGCAAGACUCGAGCUCCAAGGCGGCCAGUCCUACAAUUCCAACGUCCCCUGGUAACUCAAACGCCGAAACCGCACCCGAGCCCUCUACACCCGGGUUUACUGCUAUUCCUCAGUACUUCCCUUCUCCAAAGGACUCGCACAAGCACUCACGCGAUGCCUCGAAGUCAUUUUUCAGUACAUUGAAAGCACCCAAGUCUUCACAUAAAGCACAGCGCUCGGAUAGUUCCGAAAACUCUACAGAACCGCCUAAGAGCCGAGGUAGCUCGAGGGACCGCAAAUCAUCAAUGACAAAAUUGACCGAGUCAACAGCAGACCUGCCCGGGACAAUCACUCGGGCAGCAGAAAACGAGAAGAGUGGAGCUUCUUCUGCCGCUAAGCGCACUCAGCAGCCAGCACCGAGAAAGACUGCCACUGAUUUAGAUCCCCCGCAAAAGAAGGCCAAACCGCGGUUUGCAAAUCUCUUAACGCGAUCUCGAUCUAUUCGGGUUGAUGACUCCUCUGUCAACAGAGCCGCCGGACGACGCCCGUCAACGGGUUUGGCCAAGUUGGAGGAGUUCAACCAGGGCGAAUCGCAGCCGCAGCGGCCACCCCGCACGGCUACAGCCACCACUUCUACUACUUCAACCUUCAAGCCUACAUCUCCUACAAAGCCUACUUCCUCAACUAAGACGCAGACAAUGACAUCGACCACGACAACCACACGCACCGAGCGACCCCCUACGCAAGGGGGCCUGCAGCCGCCCCCUCAGCGCCAAGCGGAUGGCGCUUCUCUUCGAAAGGAGAGGAGCUACGGUGGCUCCAUGGUCACGUCAGGCUCUUUGAGCCAGGUUUCUGGCGCCUCGGCCGCCAUCUUUAACAAUUUAAAGCAGUCCUCCAACGGUGCUGCGGAUCGUCUUGGCAAAGCUGGCAAAGGGUUCUUUAGCAAAAUCACUCGCAGCGGCAGCACCAAUGAGCGGGAGCUCAUCAAUGAUGAUUCCUACGUUUGCUCCGUGAUCAAUCUUCCUCUUAUUGAUCAAGCAAGAAAGACACGCAUUUGCAAGAAAUUGGAAGAUUGCAGGGACAAAACUGAAUUUUGGAUGCCCGCUCUUCCCUACCGUUCAAUCGAUUAUCUCAAUUUCAAGGGUUGCGAGGAAGAGGGUCUCUACCGAGUACCAGGUAGUGGCCGGGAGGUCAAGCACUGGCAAAGGCGAUUUGAUUCUGAACUGGACAUUGACCUGUUUGAAGUGCCUGACCUCUAUGACAUCAACACAGUUGGCUCCUUGUUCAAGGCUUGGCUUCGUGAACUUCCCGACGAACUUUUCCCCAAGGCGACUCAAGACAGGAUCGCCCAACAAUGCGAGGGCGCCACCACUGCCCCCCAAUUACUCAAGGACGAACUCUCCAAACUCCCUCCCUACAACUACUACCUCCUCUUCGCCAUCACCUGUCAUCUCAACCUCCUUCAUUCAUAUGUCGAUCAAAACAAGAUGGACUACCGCAACCUGUGCAUCUGUUUCCAGCCUUGUAUGAAGAUUGAUACAUUCUGUUUCCAAUUCCUGGUCUGCGACUGGAAGAACUGUUGGCAGGGUUGCUGGACUGAGAGAAGAAAGGAAAUGGAAAUGGAUGAGCUGGAGAAGAAGGCCGCAGAAGAGGGGGAAGCCACCCGGGCUAAGCCUGAGCCACCUCGUUCUGCUCCGCCCGCCGUCAGCCACGAGCGAGCUGUCUCGUCCGGUUCCAGCUCCAGCGAGAAAGCCGAAAGCUCUAGCGAAAAGUCAAAGGAGCAGCUACCUCGGCCGGAACCUUCCCGAGGCCGAAAGCCCAAAACCGAAGAACAUCGAGGUUGGCCAUUCAAGCCAUACAAGAAGCAUAUCCCAGCUUCCCGAGCUUGGCCCACCACUUUCACCCAUCAAAAUCUAGAGCUUGCUCUCAUCUAA